AAAUGUAAAAUAAUCAUUAAAAAAAAUGAGUAUUUACCUUGUAUCACUCUGCCCCCUCUGCUUCAAGCUUCUCUCCGUGCUUUACUUCACGUCUCCUUUCUUGGUUCUCACAAAAACCCAUUUGGGUAUCGUUCAUUUUUUCUUCUUCUUUUCACUCUGUGCUUUUUCUGAUAUUUCAUUCAUAGUCAUGAUUUCUGGGUUUCUCUGAUCGGAUCUGUUGAAUUACAUAUUUGAUUCCGUUUGGGGUUGGGAAGAAAGGAAUUGGGUUGUUUUUUCCUUUCCGUGUUCGGUUACCGAGACGCAAGAAAACCCAACAUUUUUUUUGUAUAGCUAUAUGUAACUACAUCUUCUUAAUCUUGGUGAGUUGGGUUUGUCUCUUUAUUUAUUUCUUUCUUGGGAGUACUGAAGUGCCAGUAAAGAGAAGGUGUAGGAAUUUUCUAUCCUAUUUUCUGACGUUUUCUUAGUUACCAAACGGACGAUUUAGCUCUUUUGGGCAGAGAAAAUGUUGGGGACUGGAUUACAGCUUGGAACAGUUCAUAGGGAGGAUCGGUUUUACAUUCCCUUAAAAGCAAGAAAAAAUCACUAUCAGCAAAAGCAAGCUCGCAAAACCAAAAACCAUAAAAGUGAGAGUCCAGGUUCAUCAACGAAGAACACAGUUACGGUUUCUGAUAAUCAAAAUUUGAAUGAGCGUUCUGAGCCAUCUAUAUCGCCUUCUAGUAAUCUUGAGAGGUUCUUGGAUUCCACUACGCCUUUCAUUCCGGCACAAUAUUUCUCUAAGACGACAAUGAGGGGUUGGAGGACCUGUGAUGUUGAGUUUCAGUAUUAUUUUCCAUUGAAUGAUCUUUGGGAAUCGUUCAAGGAGUGGAGUGCAUAUGGAGCGGGAGUGCCUUUGGUUCUUGACGGAAGUGAUUCUGUCAUUCAGUACUACGUUCCAUAUUUAUCUGGAAUUCAAUUAUACGGGGAAUCUUCUGACAAAUUAAAUUCAAAAGCAAGGCAAGUUAGUGAGGACAGUGAUGGUGACUACUAUCGAGAUUCUUGUAGUGAAGGAAGCAGUGAUUAUGAAACUGAAAAGGGCAUGAAGUAUUCUGGGGAGCAGAGAAGUCUUCACAAUCUGACUAGUCAGGCUUUUUCUAGAAUGGGCAGGUUAUCCAUGCAUGAUGAACACAGUGCAGCAUUACAAGAAGGUUUUUCAAGUGAUGAUGGGGAAGCUCAGAAUUCUCAUGGUGUACUACUCUUUGAGUAUCUUGAGCGAGACACCCCAUUUAGCCGUGAACCUCUGGCUGACAAGAUAUCGGUUCUGGCUUCUCGAUAUCCUGGAUUGAAGACAUUGCGAAGCUGUGAUUUGCUUCCAGCCAGUUGGUUAUCAGUAGCAUGGUAUCCUAUAUAUCGGAUACCCACGGGUCCAACAUUAAAAGAUUUGGAUGCUUGCUUUUUGACAUAUCAUUCCCUUUCAACCCCAAUGACAGGUAGUGUAAAUAACCAAGUUCCUACCAUGGUUAUUCCCAAAGAGAUAGAUGGUGUUCCGAAAUUUUCUUUAUCUGUUUUUGGAAUGGCUUCUUAUAAAUUGAAAGGAUUCAUGUGGAUACAAAAUGGGGAAAGUGAAUGCCAUUUAGCAAACUCCCUCAUGCAAGCUGCACACAACUGGCUUAGACGGCUUCAGGUUACUCACCCAGAUUUCCAGUUCUUUGCUUCCCAUGGUAUGUACUGCAGGUGAAGCCGGAUUAUGUUUUGCAUUGGUAGUCAUCUCAAUUUCCACUCCUUGAAUUAUAUCACCUAACAGAUUGCACGCUUGACGUGCAACCAGUAUGGAAAUAUAUGACAAUUCUGGUGACAGGCUCAAUCUUUGGUGGGUGUUCUUUUAAGAAAACAGAAGUCAAUCGUAAAACCUUUGAUAGAUGAAAAUGGAAAGACAUGUAUGAAGAGGUACAAGGAUAGAAACUAGUGAGAACAAUUGGAGGCAGAAUAAUUGGCAAAGAGAAGUGAGAAGAUGGAUAUUGAUGGUCAUUGCUGGAGGUGUGUGUAUGGUAUGGGUGUUGGUAUUAUGUUAGGAAAAAAGAAAAAGUAUAUUGAAGUUUGCAAAGAAGCAUGUUGUUUUGCAUGCGAGAACUGUGUAUGACAAGAGGAUGUAUAGUUUUGUAAAAGGGUCCCCAUGGUAGACUAACAUGUAUCCUUUUCUUUUGGUGAUGGUAAAAAUCAAUAAAUAGAAUAAUGUAUUACUUGUGGUUAUGCAUUUCAUAUAAAUAGAAGAAUAUUGUCUAUUCAAUGAA